AUGACACAAAAGGAUUCAGCUCCAGAGAGUGAAGAGCAAAAAUUCAGACAAAAAUGUAAAGAAUUAAAGAGAAGAAUUCAAGAAGUUGAAGAUUCAAAUGAAUUAGCUACUUUAGCUAUAACAAGAACCAAAACUUCUAUACGUCGAAUGAGAUUGGAAUAUUCUAUAUUAUUGGAAAGAUUAGAGAGUCAUGCUGUAGGAUUACCAGAAUAUGAUGACAUUUCUCCACCUCCAUCACCAAGUUAUAAUUUCGAAUCGGAAGACAAAUCCCCAAAGAAGAAAUUAAAGAAAGCUGUAAAUAAAAAGAUAAGAGAUCCCAAUUUACCUAAGAGACCCACCAACGCUUAUUUAAUAUUCUGUGAAUCAGAAAAAGAAAGGAUAAAGAAGGAAUCUGGAGAUAAUUCAUUAACUUCAAUAAAUGAAUUGGGUAAAACAUUAAUUGAAAAAUGGAAAAAUUUAACUGAAGCUGAAAAGAAACAAUAUCAUAAAUUAUUUGAGGAAGCCAAAGAAAGGUAUCAAAAGGAAAUGUUGGAAUAUAAGAAUAAUAACGUAGAUUUGAAUGAAAUUGAUGAUGAUGAAGAUGAUGACGAAAAUAAUGAUAAUGAUAACGAACCUCAUGAUUCAAUGGAUUUGGAUACUCCCAAAAUUGAAGAUGACAAUUCUCCUUACCCUCAAUCACAUCCUCCAUCAGAAAUUAAUGUUGAUUCUUUACCAAUCCCAACUUCUACAAACCCUGGUAUUUCAAUUCCUCCACCUGCCCCAACCCCAAUUAAGGAAGAACCUACAUCAAAUGAAUAG